CGUUGCUUGUGAAGUUUGUUCGAGUUUGUGAAGUCUACUACGGCUAUAUUGCGUAGCCAGCGUGGCUUCACCGCGCUUCGAUUUCGCGAGGAAAACCACGCCGCUUCACAACCCACCUACGAAGAUGUUUUAGAUAGACGUCUAAAUAAGCGUAUAAGAAAGCGCGUAAAACCAAUUUAUAACGGUGCACAAGCCACGCCACGUGCGGCGAGGCUAACGAAAGUACUUCCUUGCCUGGAAAGUAGUCCUAGCAGAGCCUUUGGCUUGCUGCUGCUGUUUUUUGUUUCGUUGUUUGGUAUAGAGCUACCGCUUUCCGAGCUGGGCACCAUGGGAAAGGAUGAUCAAGGCGCGGGUGACCCGCUCGACAACGUGCUCUACUGCAGCGGCUUACGUCGGCUCAGCGUGUGGCCGUGGUUCAAAGCAGUUGCCAGCUUGUUGCUGACCGAGCGUCAAGGUUCCGUUUAUGCGGUUCUAUGCUUCCCUGGGCUUUUGUCGGAAUUCGUUCAGCGGGUCGUCGAUCGUUUGCGUGGGUUCGGGCAUACAGUGCCUGAGGUAGCUACUUACAUGCUGGAGCUUGGGACGUACAUACUUGAGCACGGCUUACUGGAUCGAGUACGCCAGAGGAGUGACAGCGAGUAUGUCGUUGCUACGCUGUGCGCUCGGUAUGCUGUUGCUGCUGGUCACCUUCCUCCUAACCCACUCGCUUCGGUGCGAUGGCAGCUCCAGCUGGGGGAUCCAGACGUGGUGCGGCAACAGGACCUCAUGCGGGCAGAUGCUGUUGCUGUUGCGUUGUACCAGACUAUCGCUCGUCUGCAACAGGAGCAAGCACAACAGCGAGGGCAUCUGCCGAGCGCUGGUGUGCAGCGUACAGUCGCAGGAGGAGGUAGCUCGGGGCAGGCGGGUUUGUGCGGUACGGCUGCGGGAGUCGGCGGAGGCUCCAGGCUAGGGGCCUCGGCUGCGGCUGGCUUGGGCCUCGGUCUUUGGGCGCCGCUGCCUGGUUGGGGCUUGGGCCUAGCGGCUCUGGCGGGGACGGUGGGACUCCCGGUGGGCUUCGGCCUAGCGGCUCUGGUGGGGACGGUGGGACUACCGGUGGACUUCAGCUUGGCGGCUCCGGCGGGGACGGUGGGACUCCCCGCCGCGGCGCAGCCUGGUUGGGGCUUGGGCCUAGCGGCUCCGGCGGGGACGGUGGGACUCCCCGCCGCGGCGCAGCCUGGUUGGGGCUUGGGCCUAGCGGCUCCGGCGGGGACGGUGGGACUCCCGGCGGGCUUCGGCCUGGCGGCUCCGGCCGGCGCGGUGGGAAUCCCGCAGUGGCGCCAGCAGCAUCAGCAGCAGCGCCGGCGGCAGCAGUGGGAGGGCUGGGAUUGGGGCAUGGGCGUUCCACUGCGCUGCAUGUACAGCAGAACGACCUUUUGGGUGCACCAGCAGCGGCAUCGGCUGCAGCCAGGCAGGCGCGCAGACGUGACAAUGCAGCGUGUAGGCUUCAGCGGAGGCAACUGAUGGCAGCAGCUAGGCAAGCUUGCCAGCGUAAGCGUUCUCGACUUGUGGGUGGGUUGUCUCACGAUGAUUACCUCGAGUCCCUUUCAGGCUGCCUCUGCUUGCCGCUUUUCCGUCACGACAAUCCAGCUGUACCUGAGCUGCCGACGUUCUUAGAGACACAAACGUCUGCUUGGCCAGCUCGGGUGCGGGACUUGCCAGCAGGUGAACAGCCUCCCCAGAUACCGUUUUCGGAGCAGAUAACUUUGGCUUGUGGCCUCGCCGAGUUCGUUCGCGACAACAUGCCAUCACGGGUGUGUGCAGUCUGCAGUGAGUGCAAGUCCGCUUCAGAGGUCCGGGCGCUGCAGUUCAGCGAGAUAGCUGGCGUUGAGCUGCUACGUGCUGACAUGCGGCGGACUGCGGCUGUGCCUCGUUGCGCGCACGUUCUGUAUUGGCGGCGUGUCGAUCGGCGUGAUUGCAAAAACCCGCCGGAUCCCGUACUGCCACGCGGCUACAAGGCCGCUGGUGGUCAGUCGGGCAACGUCGGCGUAGUUGACACAUCCGCUGGCGAGGGCAGCGGCGAGACCAGCAGCGGCCUUGACGACUCUACCGAUGAUCGGCCGUCACGCCGACGACGCUGCGACAUAGACCGUCCUCCAACGUAUGCGCCACGGGUAGGGGUACGGCUGUGUGACGAUAAUCCCGUGGCGGUGGAGGUGCCGUACUGCAUGCGCGCGGAGACGGUACUGCCCAACCGAACGAUGAACGUUUCAGCGGACGGCGUGGAGCGCUUUACGGUCUGCUCGGAAUGCAUACAGGCCUUACAGGGUGGGCGGAUCCCAGAUGGGGCGCUGGCUCGGUUGGAUCCCGGCGACGUACCCCCUGUAAAUCAGCAUGGUCAUUCGCUCGUACCGCUGACGCAUCUGGAGAGCUUGGUGGUGGGCCUCGCUCGCCCUCACAUGCGGCUGCUCGUUGUGCGGCAGCCGGGUACACCCAGCUGGCGCGCGGUGGAUACCUUGCCAGCGGCGUUGCGUGGGCAUACGCUCGCCUUUCCAAACGACGUGCCCAGCGAGCUCCAGCGUGUUGUGCCAUACGCUCCAGCGGAUCUGCCGUCCUUCAUUCAGGUCGUGCUAAUUGAUGCUGUCAAAGAUCGUGCCGACCUCGAGGCCAAAGUGCGGCAGGCACCAUGCUUGAAGAUGCGGGGCCUGGCUAUCGCUGCAUGGGCGGAGUGGGCCGUUCGCGUGAAUCCAAUGGCUCAGGUGGACCACGCUGCACUUCAGCAGUAUCGCGCUCUGGGUGCGGAGCCGACGGUGCCAGAGCCGUUAGUGGCGCACGCGGUGGCUACAGAUGACCCAGACACGGCAGCGGUCAUGCGCGCUGCAUUUGAAGGGGAUCGUGCCGGCAACGCUCGGGUGCGGCAGCAGCAGGAUGAUGUGGAAGCGGCGACGGAGGGCGCGAAUGCAGCAGGUGGUCGAUCGCCUGGUCCGGGUGCUGGUCAGGAGCCAGCGCCGUCUGGUCGUACGCCAAAUAUCCCG